AUGUCGGACGAUUCCAACGACAUGUUCGCGCCGCCCGUCAACCGCGCCAUGAAGGUGCUAGAUCGCUCCUUCUUCCAGAAGACGGUCAACACGUCGGCCGCGCGCAUCUUCAACCCAAAGGACAUCUCACGCGUCCGCACCGACCUCGACCGCAGUCGCGACACCCUCAGAACCCGCCUCGAUGGUGUACGGCCCGACAUAGAUGCUGCGCGCGCUACAAAAGGCGGCAAAUGUCUGCUACUGAAGCCGGAAGUGGUGCAUAACGAUAGAAACACCUGGAGCCCGAUACUGCAAGAGCUCGAACAAGCCGGCACGGUUGGCGUAGUACCCUACGAAUUGAAACUCGACUAUGACUACUUCACCUAUUCCGAGAUCACGAAUGCCAUCAUACCUCCGCCCGAGAAGAAGAAUGACGACGAGAUACCGACAGGCUUUACCCUCGCGGGCCACGUUGCACAUCUCAAUCUACGAGAGCGAUAUCUACCAUACAAGAGCCUCAUUGCGACUGUGCUUGCAGACAAAAAUCCCAUCGUGACCACAGUCAUCAACAAGUUGGACAAUGUAGGGACGGAGAAUGCAUACCGGACGUUCCAGUAUGAAGUCUUACAUGGCAAGGACGACUUGAACGUCGAGGUUCACGAGCAGGGCUGCAAGUUCAACUUCGACUUUGCAAAGGUAUACUGGAACACGCGACUUCACACCGAGCACGAGCGGCUUUGCAGUCUCUUCAAAGAAGGCGAAGCUAUAUGCGAUGUCAUGGCCGGCGUAGGGCCCUUCGCCAUCCCCGCAGGCAAGAAAAAGUGCUUCGUGUGGGCCAACGACCUCAACCCCGAUUCGUACAAGUACCUCGCCGAGAACGUCAAGAGCAACAAAGUCGACUCGUAUGUGCGCGCAUUCAAUACCGAUGGCGCGGCAUUCAUCCGGUCAAGCGCCGCUGAUCUUCUAAAGGACGACCGCUCUAUACCCAUCUACCCCAAGGUGAAGUACUCAAGAAGCGCGCCAAAGCCCACGGAACCACCCAUACCGCUCCGCACGCUCGUGCAGCCUCAUAUCUUCAGCCACUACGUCAUGAACCUUCCUGCCUCCGCCAUCACCUUUCUCCACAACUACAUCGGACUGUACUCCAACAUACCCGGAAUGCCCGCAUCAGAGAUCCGCAAACUCUUAUCACCGCACACAGACGUCAAGCUGCCCAUGAUUCACGUGCACUGCUUCAGCACUAAGAGCAAAGACCAUGUAGUGGAGACGAAGGAAAUCUGCGAGGAGAUCAGCCGGCAAUUGAAUUUCGAGGUUACUUCCGAAACCCCGGAGCUAGAGGUUUUCCAUGUGAGGGAUGUGGCGCCCAAGAAAACUAUGUUUUGUGCGAGCUUCAGGUUGCCGGAGGAGGUAGCUUUUAGGGAGACAUGA